AUGACUUUGGCAAUCUCCCACGAUUCCACUGUGUGCAAUCUGCCCCCUUUUCCUCCUGAACUUUGGAUUACAAUAUUUAGCCUCGCCACAGAUAUCCCUGGUCUGCUGAGUUAUGAUGGCUCAAACCCAUAUGAUCUUCCGCGUCCCCUCGUCAAAGACCACGAGCUCAAACUGUUGAAAGAGUCUCUUAUCACAAAGAGGAAUAUUAUCCUUGUCUGUAAGACAUGGAACGCUCUUGCCACCAAUUUUCUCUAUCAGAGUGUUCUGGUCACUCGCCCAGCUACCCUGUCUUCUUUGUUUGUCUCCCUCGGUGGGAGAUCCUCUGGACCAGCCCGAUCCGUUCACGUAGGGUGGUGGACGAGACGACUUGAUGUCUUGAUACAAGAUGACCAUUGUGAGGCAUCUGAUUACGCCCUCCUCGCCAACAUAAUUCGACGGUUCCCAAACUUGUCUAUCGUCAAUCUAUCUAUGCCGAUGCUUCCCUAUAAUGAUUCCUGGCUUCGGCAGCUACCCGAAUCAGUCGUGAUGGCGCUAGCUGAAUCUUGCGGUCCAUCAUUACGCGUAUUUGAUUGUUCUGAGUCCAUUUUGCGCCCCUCCAGAGAGGAUCUGAUGAAGUUGAUAAUUGCAGCACCAAAUUUGAGUGUGCUCCACUGCCCAAUUUGCUCGCCCAGCACAAGGGACAAGUCUCCUUCUGCUAGACUCGACGUGCCCGUUAUGACCAAGCUGCAGUCCUUGUCACUCAUGUCGGUCUUUUUGCGGGAUUAUCUGCCAGACGAUAGAGACGCCAAUCACUUCCCCGCUCUCAGAAAACUUACUUACGACUGCAUCCCUCCUCCAUUCCUUGACGAUACUUGGAAACAUUUUGUGAGGCUGAGCUGCGCGAAUGUUACUGCCGUGCACCUCGACUAUUCCCUUCAAGCCGACCGUCUUCAAAAAGAGCUGGAUCUACUCAGUGAAUGCUGUUUGUCUUUGAACGACCUCGUCAUUUACAUCCGUUCAUGGACGGAGAUCAACCCAAAUCUCACCCUCCCUCCUUCCGUUUCAUGUCUGGGAUUAUAUUCCAAGCUACGCAAGGCACCCACAUUCCAUUUUAUGCAACUAUUUGCCGCUCUUCGUACCAUAUCAGGUUCGAAGCUCAGGACUGUCCGAUUGCUGCACGCGGACGCUGUGGAAGAUUUACGGGAGAACUCUCGGGAUCUGUUGCAGGGUGAACUCGCUGAUAGCACUCGUAUUACAUUCCGCAUCGAGGACCACGAGGGUCAUCUUCUGAUGAGUUGA